AUGGAUCAUCCAGAACCAAUAUCAAAACGAGUUCCUGAAAUUCCACAAUGCCGAAAGGGCUUUACUCUUGAAGAGGCCCGCUCAUUUGUUGACGCAGUGAUGCAGGUCUUCCACAGUCUAGAAGAUAUGACAGAUCUGCGCUCUAUGUAUGAGACAGGGAAACAGUUGAGCCGUCUCUACUUUGAUUGCCAUCAGUAUCGUGUCGAAUUAGCAGAGUACUUGACGAAUCAUGAGUACCCCGCUUUUGCUUCAAAGAUGAUGAAAAAGCUGAAUAAUAUGGGUGUUUUCAAAAAUGACAAUAUCUGGUUUUCCUCAUUCUACUUCUACAACACCACAUGGAACUUCUCUGAAAUUUGGCCCGAUUUUGCCACUGCUCUUGCCAAUGCAGGCCUUCCCAACCUUCUCAACCUUAACAUCGGUCAUCAACCCUAUUUGGAUAACCUGCCGAGUAAAAACGUUUACUACCUUGUGAAAGCUAGUCUCUCCAUCAUUCACAAUAUUGCUCGAGUACCUGGAAAUGUCCACUGCUUCGCCACAGAUGCUGUCAAAAGUGCUCUCACUAAUAAAUUUCUGAGAGAGGAAGAAUUUCUUCGCUGUAUUUCUGACCUCUGUUUGGCCUACAUCGUUAAUGAUAGCGAUACCAAUCUCAUGACACAAUUCAUCAACGGGUCACCAGCGAAUAACAGUAGCGUGUUGCAGGGGCUUGUUGACCAUGUAGUAACAGCCAAGACCUCGGAGAAGAGACGUUGUCACGGGUUCCAAGUGUCAGAACUCCUGUCAGCUAUCGCCACUCUUGCAGUUAAUGACAGCAUCAAACCAGACGUUCUCUCAGUAUCUGUCAACCAGACCGGUGAAUUCAUAAACAUCACUCAGCUGAUCCGAGAGGCUAUUGACUCUGCCACUUUACCAAACCCGAGCUUGGUAGCCAUUCGUGAGGCGGAGGAGGCAGCUAGACUCCUCUGGAUUCUUUCGCUUGAUCCACGAGCACCUAAUCCCGCAUCAGAGCUUAAUUCUCAGAUUGGAUCCUGGUUAGCCGGUCUCAUUAAAGAUGGUAAACUCUCCACGCUACCGAGUCACAUUUCCAAAUCUCUUGAGGCUGUUUCUGCUCGACUCACUGUUCCACCGCCGUCUGCCAUUUCUCCGGGUCAGGGUUCUUUUCUCAUCUCAUUUGCCCCUGUCAAUCGGAUGGCUGCCCUAAAGAUUGCGGAGCGUCUUCUAGCUGUGGGUCUCCCUGUAAACACUAUAGAAACUCCAGAGUCAGACAAUGUGCUCCCGGAUGCAUCUGCAGUGGGAAUGUCGGGUCUCUACGCAACUUCUACCUCAUUUGCCCAGUGGAAGAAGGCUAUUGAUGCAGCCAGUAUUGUCGUGGUCUGUGCCUCCGAGUCAUACCGUCUAUCACCAGGCUGCCGAUACGAAAUUGAAUGCAUUCGUCCUGGGCUUAGUCCAGUCAAUGCUUCAUCUGGAGGUGAUGCUUCGGUCAAACAUGCGGAUAGACACAUUCUUGCCGUUUAUUUGCAGCAAAAAUACAAGCCAACUGGAUGGCUGGGUGAUCUUCUCAAUGGCCAAGUUGUUCAUGAUCUCAGUGGUAGACGGGAUAUUGAUGUUGGUUUCGAGAAUUUCGUAAUUCAAGCUCAAAAUCUCUAUGCCGAAAUGAAGCAAGCUCUUGGCUCCGUGAUGGCUAAUGAUAGAAGAGGAUCUCUGAGCGCCCUGUCAACUGGUGCACUUCCCACACAGAUUAAUCAUGUAGAUGGGCUCAUACCCGGCGCGUUGAGAAAGAUUAGCAAUGAUUAUGUGAGCUGUACAACCAGCCUGGGUCGUGAUGGUAGUCUUCCAAAAGGUUCAGCUCAACCUAAAGGUCCCUUCUAUGGUCCAGUGUCUGCCGCUCCAUCUCCUGAAGCAAUAAUGCGUUUUCGAAAGACUGCUGUGCGUUCAGAGGUUCGAAGUUGGUCAAAUAAUACUGUUUACCAAUGGCUCAAAUUCCGCGGUCUUGGCCAGAUUGUUCAAGUAACUGGCGCUUUUGAUGGUGUACUAUUGUCUCAACUCGCUGCAAUGCGAUUCUGGGCUCCAGAAUACUUUGCACGUUCUCUGCAAUCGGAAUUACGCCUCUCCUUCAUUGAUGGCUUAAAGUUAAUUGAGGCAUUGGAUGAGCUUUCCCCUAAUGGUGGUAUGAGUGAAGAAGAGGGAUUCGGGGGAACCGGUGAUGACGACCGUCCAGAUGCUUAUUCUCAUGUCAGUGGAAUGGACAAUAUGGGCAGUGUUCGCUAG